AUGGGGCUGGACACAAAUCCUGCCAAAAAUGGCCACGUGAGCCACAGCCAAGAAGGGGAGGCUCGGCUCAGAGUUGGUCAGGCCGAGUGUGAGCAAGGGCAGCUGAAAGCGUGGCGAGCCCCAGGUAAAGUAGAAAGUGCCCUGGAGAGAGAUGAACCCAGGCUUGGGCUGGAGCUCGGCAGCCCCUCCCCGACACUGAAGGCUGGAAGGCCGAUAAUGAAGUCAGCAGGGCUGGUGGGAGAGAUUCCAGAGCAAAAUGAAAAGCGGAGGCCUCCCGACCUGUGGCUGAUGGGAUGCCCAGAAAACACAGCUCAGUCUUCGAUACUCUCCUCCCGAAAUGAGGCUGACAAGUUAUCUGAGCAGGUUUUCAGGGACCUGGCCGAGAGAGCUAGCCUUGUUUCUAAAGUGAAACUGCACGACCUGAUAGGGCCCCUCUGCCCUGUAUCCACACCCCCAUGUGACCUGGGCUGCUCGUCAAGAGCUUUUUUAUCCAGAGCCAUCUCCCUGCUCUUGACUAGAAGAGAAAAUGGAUUCUCUGCUCAAGAGUCUGGGAACCAUGGUGAUGGCAUCACUAAGGCGCAGGAAAAGAGGGAAGCUGCUAAGGUGGAUUUUGAACUGAAAAUGGCAAGCAGAAAGAACACACAAAAGAAACCAGAAAACAUGAGUUUAAACCUCGCAUUCAUCGUUUGUUUGCUGGGUGAUGGCUCCAUCUCCUCCCCAGUCUUAACCCUCAUAGAACAGGUGCAGAAGAGAGAGGAGGAGGAAGUGUCUACCCUUCGCCAGGCCAAGCUCACUUCCUCCACUCCAAAGGAGAGGGGGAUCAAAGGCAAAUUCGACGCGCUCCACCCCGAGUGGCGCCCCGCCGGUGGGACAAACCAAACCCACGGGUUCAACGCCAGGACGGCCGAGAGCGAAUUGCAGGAGCGCUCGACAGCAGAUUAG